AUGGCACCGCACGAGCAACGACAAAGCAAGCACGAUGCAGAGGCGCUAAAGCAUCAGGCUAAUAGCAUAGCUCGUGCUACUCGUCUUCCAGUGUCAUUGCAGCAGUCGACGCCGGCAGAAACGCUGGGGAUGCGACCGCCCAAGUCCUUGACGAAAAUCAAGGAUAAGAAGCUACGUUCUGAGCUCUCGAAGCAGUAUCUGUCUCGCAAGCGUGCUGAAUCUCAUGCGAGACUAGCAGAUGAGUAUUUGAAUGUGACAGCCCCAGGAGAGGAUGCAGGUUUGAUCGAGGUGGACGACGAGAUGGAGCGCACGGCGCGGGUGACGCAGGCUGAUAUCAAGGAGCAAGUGGGCGUGGAUACGGCGCGCAAGUCGUUUGAGCUCAAGCUAGCAGGCAAGGACAAUAUUGGACUCGGGCCUUACCGCUGUGACUAUACACGCAAUGGUCGGCAUCUCUUGCUAGGUGGCCGCAAAGGUCACCUAGCCGCCUUUGACUGGCAGAGUGGCAAGCUAUCUUGUGAGAUUCAGGUGCGUGAAACGGUGCGUGAUGUGCGCUGGCUGCAUAACCAUACAUUCUUUGCCGCUGCACAAAAGAAAUAUACCUAUAUUUAUGACCAGAAUGGCCUUGAGAUCCAUCGCCUCAAGGAUCACAUUGAGGUGCAGCGCAUGGAGUUUUUGCCGUAUCAUUUUCUGCUCGCUACAAUCGGAAAGCCAGGCUAUCUCAAGUACCAGGACACAUCGACGGGUAUGAUGGUCGCGUCGCACCGUACAGGUCUUGGAUCAUGUGCCACCAUGGCUCAGAACCCGCUCAACGCUGUUAUUCACCUGGGUCAUGCGAAUGGCACGGUCACACUGUGGACGCCCAAUAUGUCUACACCGGCUGUGAAGCUUCUUUCGCAUCGUGGCCCUGUAACAGGUCUGUCGAUUGAUUCAUACCGCGAUGGCCGCGAGAUGGUCACAAGUGGUCUAGACGGCGGGAUUAAGGUGUGGGACAUGCGCAUGUUGGGUCGCGGCCCAAGACGCGAAUGGAUCAGUCGUCGUGCUGCCAGUGAUGUGGCUUACUCCCAGCGUGGCCUGCUGGGUGUGGCAUGGGGAGCGCACGUGAGUCUGUACCAUACGGAGGCGGAGCUGGGUCAUGCGCCGCCUGGUCCUUACAUGACGCAUGGUCUACCGCAGUGUGCGCCACUGCAGUUGCGCUUUUGCCCCUUUGAGGAUGUGCUGGGCGUGGGCCAUGCACAAGGCUUUACGAGUCUGCUGGUGCCUGGCGCAGGUGAGCCCAACUUUGACUCGAGCGAGGCCGAUCCUUACGAAACCAAGGCUCGCCGCCGUGAGCGUGAAGUGCACAGCCUGUUGGACAAGAUCCAGCCGGAUAUGAUCACGCUUGAUCCAGAUACCAUGGGCCAGCUCGAUACGCGGGCAUCACGAGCACAGGGUGUGGCAGCCGCGCCGGAGCGGUCUGGUGCCGUCCCGCGUGCAGCUGAUGGUACACCAUAUGCUCGUUUGACGCGAAUGCAGCGGUUGCAGCUGAGUGGUGAAGCCGCACCGGACGAGCAAGUGCACGACAGUGACGAAGAGCAGGGACCAGUCGUGCCGGCCAAAGGCGCAGCCGCGAAGGAAAAGAAUCGCGCACGUGGCCGAAACAGCUCGAUGAAGCGCUACCUUCGCAAAAAGCGCCAGAAUGUGGUGGACGCUAAUACGAUCGCACUGCGCGAAAAGUACCAGCACGAAAAGGCACGCCGACGCGAGGAGCAUCUCAAGCGCCAGAACCAGUACGAGCCACCGCGCAAGCAUGAGCCAAGCGCCCUGGACUUGUUUGCACGGAACCGCGGACCACGUAGCUAG